AUGAGGGCGUUCAUAGACGUCGUCAAUACCAAUUUACGAGCUGUGCAAUCACUAGCUUCAAAUCAGCAAGUGUCAGAUGGCAUACUCUUGCAUCUGGUAUCCUCAAAGCUCAAUACAGACACGAAGGCCAAGUGGGAGGAAGAGGUUACCCACUUGUUUGAUCAGCGAUCAACUGCCAUGAGUUUUCAUCUGCCCACUUGGGAGGACUUAGCAAAAUUCUUAGAACGUCGUUGUCAAAUUGCAGAUAUUUUGGAAGCCUGGCAGCCUAAAACACUCAUGCCAAGAACUCAGCUAACAACAUAUAGGCACAACAAACGUGACGAAAAAUGGGCUAUGGUGACUACCAAACAAGCAAAGUGUGAAUUUUGCAAUGCGGUUCCCCAUCAUAAUGCCUUCAAAUGCGACACGUUCCGUGCAAUGGAUUCUCUUGCAAGAUAUAACUGUGUGAAAAGACUGAACUUGUGCCUGAAUUGCCUUGGAUCAGGUCAUAAAUCGAAUGAUUGUCCUUCAGUCCAUCGCUGUAAACACUGCAAUGUAAAACAUCAUACACUAUUACAUCGAAAUGAUUCAGCCAUUACCAACAUAUCACCAAGAGCAGGUUUGCUCUCAUCAUCUGCUCUUAAGAGUAACUCGAAAGGGCGUAGAUAUCGACGUCAGUGGAAUAGGUCAAAGGACAGCAAAGGCACAACAUUUAUGUUGCAUAAUGUUGAAGAGUAUAGUGCCACCAUUGAUGCACUAAUCAUACCAUCCAUUACGUCAUGUCAACCUAGUCGUCGCAUCGAUCAGGCAACCAUUUCGAUUCCAGAUACCAUUUCCAUCGCUGAUCCGACAUUCAACAUACCAGGACAGAUUGACAUACUCAUUGGAGCAGGAUUAUUUUUUGAGAUACUUAGUAAGGGCCAAAUACGUCUCAAUGGUCCAGUAAUACAAAAUACCAAAUUUGGUUGGGUGGUUGCAGGUGCAAUUCCUGCGCACGUAACAUCAGCAGCUGAUCCAUCACCUCCAUACAAAGCAUUCACAUCAGUCACAUCAGAGUCCAUUUUAGAUAAGCUCCUGGAAAGGUUUUGGGCAAUCGAAGACAUUCCAACAUCGUCAUCGUCGACUCUAUCAUCGGAUGAGCUGGAAUGGUCUGCCGUGCAGCGUAAGCGGUUUGCUGUAUCGCAGCCCUACGAAAGGCGUACAGCAGUCCCACAUUCCACCAGCGCAACGAUAUCCAACCAUGCUACUGCGGAUCCAAAUGCCAGAAAGAGCGGAAUUUCAGGUCCAGAAAUAGCUAAUGAGGGAGGUGAAAGUGGUAAUGACAAGAGUUCACCAAAGUAUUGCGCGCAUCACGGGAGAUGCUCUGAGUCCUGA